AUGGCUAAAUUGUUGAUGGUGGUGAUUUACGUGAUGUUGGGGACGAUGACAACCGUUACGGAUGGGCAAGCAACUUGUGCGCAGAAGCUGGUGCCUUGUCCUCCUUACCUUAACAACUCCACGGCCAAACCUCAGAACUCCUGCUGUAACCCUAUCAGAGAAGUCGUCGCUAAUGAGCUUCCCUGCCUUUGCAACCUCUACAAAGACCCAACUUUGCUCACUUCUUUCAAUGUCACAGUCGCUGAAGCUCUCAGGAUCUCGCGUGAAUGUGGCAUCACUACUGAUCUCAGCGCCUGCAGCGGUUUGUGUCUUACAGCCUAUGAAUGGAUUGGUUUUUAA